AUGGCGCACGACGCGUUCGCCAGCCACUGCUCUCGGCGGACGUGGCCAGCCGCUGGGUCGCUCCUCGCGUACUGCGCUGGCACUGCCAGCGCGGGCGAGAGCAGCAGUGCGGGCGAGAGCAGCAGUGGCAGUGGCGAGAGUGGUGUUGGGAGUGGUGGUGGGAGUGGCCUGCCUGCAGGAGCACGCGUCCUUGAGCUCGGCUCGGGGACAGGCUGGUUCGGCUGCACCCUCGCGGCUGUGCGGCCCGAUCUUAACCUCUGCCUGACCGAGAUGGCAGAGGCGGGCGCCUUUGAGGCGCUGUGCCGCAGCGUGCGGGAAUUCAAGCCGCCGCCUGCGGCCGUGAGAUGCUCGGAUCUCGUCUACUCAGCCGCAGGGGCGCGCGCCUUCGCAUCCAUCGUCGGCAAGCUGCUGCGGGCGGGCAAGGCGGCGGAGUGCCUCUACGCGCACACUGCAGAGCGGUGGGGCUCGAGCGGGUUCGACGCGGCGAGCCUCCCCGUCGCGCCGAGGGCUGACCUCCUCGAAAGCCUUCGCGGCGAGGGAUUGGUGCCGUCACUGGCGAGGGGCGUGGAGGUCGGCGACGACGCGCCCGUCGCCCAGCGCAGCUUUGUCUUUCGCGAGCGCGAGGAGGAGGAGUUCGGUCAGGCGCUAUCCGAGUUGCUGGAGACGAGCCUGGAGAGAGGCCAGAGCUGGAGGCCUGCACAAGCAGCACCUUAG